UCUCCAGUUUACCUGUGUGACUGACGGGCUUGGGUGGCUCUUUACACCGACCUUGAAACCGUUAGGACUACUGCUACAAUCAAACUCCUGUGGAUAAGGAAACUCGUGUUAUACGCAGACUAUCAUUACAAACCAUUACAGAUGGCGAACAAUUCCUCGGAUAUGGACACUUUAGCGCCUCUACAGACACAAAUAGAACAAUUUAAAGCCAACGUUGAUAUCUUUUUUCUCUGUAUUAUGGGGAUGUGCGUUUUAUUUAUGCAAUGUGGAUUCGCAUUUCUUGAAGCUGGUGCCGUGAGAAGCAAGAAUACAACAAACAUUUUGAUUAAGAAUGUCAUGGACUCGUUUGUCUCGGGUGCGGCGUACUGGGUUUUCGGUUUUGCCUUCGCCUAUGGCGACGGUGGAGUGGCUAAUAAGUUUAUAGGAGCAACGUACUUUGCGUCGUCUAACCUACCGGAUUCAAAGUAUGCCGAGUUCUUCUUUCAGUACACAUUCGCUGCCACCGCUGCCACAAUUGUAUCCGGUGCGAUGGCUGAGCGAUGUGAAUUCGUAGCCUACUUUGCCUACAGUUUCUGUAUUACAGGUUUUAUCUACCCCGUGGUAACACAUUGGGCCUGGGGAGGAGGCUGGCUCUCCGAAGGAUAUGAGUAUGAAAAUAUUGGUUUGGUUGCUUAUCAGGAUUUUGCUGGAAGUGGUAUUGUACACGUGCUUGGAGGCGUAGCCGCCUUUGUCGGUGCCGCCCUUCUUGGACCUCGUAUUGGACGAUUCCACGAGGGACAGGUGGCACAACUCCGGGGACACUCGGUACCCAUUGCUGCUCUUGGUGGUUUCAUCCUGUUUUUUGGCUUCCUGGCGUUUAACGGAGGAUCGCAGCUGGCUAUCAGUAAUGCAGGUGACGGCGAGGCUGUUGCUCUGUCCAUCGUGAACACAAUUAUAUCUGCAUCGUUUGCCGCUUUUGGUUCCCUACUUAUCAACCGUAUUCCCGGUAUGGGUAACAGCUGGAGUCUUCUAGUCACUAUCAACGGAGCGCUUACGGGCAUGGUAUCUGCAUGCGCAGGUUGUAACCGGAUGUACCCGUGGGGAGCUUGCAUAUUAGGAGUUUUCGCCUCAGGCUCAUACACACUUUGGUCCUGGCUGAUGAAAAAACUAAAGAUAGAUGAUCCCCUUGAUGCUGUUGCUGUUCAUUUCGGUGGAGGUUCAUGGGGCGUCAUUGGUAUUGCGUUUCUUGACAGAGAGGACGGAAUCUUGUUGAAUUGGGACCAACGGUCUGGCUAUAAACUGGUAUGGCAGCUGUGCGGUCUCGGAGUGAUUAUCGGCUGGACGGCGUUCUUCUUUUUCCUGCUGUUUGGUACUCUCAAGUGUUUCGGUUUACUACGUGUUCCCCGUGAAAUAGAGGAAAAGGGACUAGACAUACCGAAGCACGGCGAGCCUGCCUACCCAGCGGAGGCGUACGGCCACGGGCAUGUGGAGCACAUCAUGCAGGUCAUGCAGAAAACCCCCAAAAGUGUCGUGCAAUCUUACGAAAAUCAGGCGUUUGUAAACAAAGCUUACCAAAGACGAGUGUCAGGCAGCGGUCCUUAUGAACAUCCCGAAAUCAGAGCUCUCAAGAAGAACGGCUAUACAUUCAAUCCUCCUGGUUCGGAAGGUAAUGGAAUAAGAACUGGUGGACUGCAAGAACGGCCUCGACCUGAAACAGUGCAGGAGGAACCGGAACCGGAACCAGUGAACGACCAGGAGACAUCUGAUCCCGACCGCUUCUUCGUAUCUCAAUUCUAGGGUGCUAUUUGCAUAUUUGCUGCUGAACCUGCAUAUUGUUUUCUGCUCAGACACACGAAACUCUCUCUCUCUUUCAAAACGACACAAGAGGAUGUGAUGUGCAAAUAAAUCGAGGGUAUUAAACUGCAGUCUGUGUCUGUGAUAGGGUAACAAACGGAAACGUAUGUCUAUGAUGAGAUAAUAUUAUGUACUAAUGUCAAUAUAAGUAGUUUAUCUUGUACAAAAAUGUAAUGAUUUGAAUGGAACAACUAUUAAUAUAUUCUCUCAUAUGGUACAUUUAACGAAGCACUAUAUAUUUUCAGUGUCAAUGUCUUACGUAGUGUUGGUUUCAAAUUUAACAGCAACAUCUACAUAUAUACCGACAUCAUAUAUAAUGCCAUAUCUACAAAUUAUCAAUGAAUAUCGAUUGUGCCAGGGUGACAGUGUACAUUUCUAUACAUUGUUUUUGUAUUUUUAUUAUGCAAAAAGACAGAUAAUAGAGUAUGAUGCAAUAUAAAACGUAGAAUGUGUAUACGCUAUUCAUUUUCUUAAUACAUAAAUGCUAGCAAUAUUAAAGAUACUGUCAACCAUAUCAUUUUUGAGAAAUGUUCACCAUUUCUCCAGCGAUUUAUUUGGAAGGAUUAAAAAUUGCUAAAAACCACAACAACCAUGUAUAGUGUCUUGCUUUUGAAGAAAUAUACGUGACAAAUUUGAACAUAAUUUCUGGGUUUUUUUUGUCACUUCAUAUUAUCCAAAAAAUCGGUCUUCUUUAUUUGUGAAUAUUUUUCAAACAACAUAAAACACAAAAUAAAAACCGGUAACAUAAGACAUUAAAAUCCACCAUGUCACUACAUAGGACAUUAAAAUCCACCAUGUCACUACGUAGGUCAUAGGACAUUAAAAUCCACCAUGUCACUACGUAGAACAAAACACAUUAAAAUCCACCGUGUCACUACAUAGAAGAUAGGAAAUUAAAAUCCACCAUGUCACUACAUAGAACAUAGGAAAUCAAAAUCCACCAUGUCACUACAAAGAACAUAGGAAAUUAGAAUCCACCAUGUCACUACGUAGGACAUAGGACAUUAAAAUCCACCAUGUCACUACAUAGAACAUAGGAAACUAAAAUCCAUCAUGUCGCUACAUAGAACAUAGGAAAUUAAAAUCCACCAUGUCACUACAUAGGACAUAGGACAUUAAAAUCCACCAUGUCACUACGUAGAACAUAGGACAUUAAAAUCCAUCAUGUCACUACAUAGAACAUAGGACAUUAAAAUCCACCAUGUCACUACGAAGGACAUAGGAUAUUAAAAUCCACAAUGUCACUACGUAGAACAUAGGACAUUAAAAUCCACCACGUCACUACGUAGGACAUAGGACAUUAAAAUCAACCAUGUCACUACGUAGAACAUAAAGCAUUAAAAUCCACCAUGUCACUACAUAGAACAUAGAAAAUUAAAAUCCAUCAUGUCACUACAUAUAACAUAGGAAAAUAAAAUCCACCAUGUCACUACAUAGAACAUAGGACAUUAAAAUCCACCAUGUCACUACGUAGGACAUAAAGCAUUAAAAUCCACCAUGUCACUACAUAGAACAUAGGAAAUUAAAAUCCAGCAUGUCACUACAUAGGACAUAAGACAUUAAAAUCCACCAUGUCACUACAUAGAACAUAGGACAUUAAAAUCCAUCAUGUCACUACAUAGGACAUAAAACAUUAAAAUCCACCAUAUCACUACAUAGAACAUAGGAAAUUAAAAUCCAGCAUGUCACUUCAUAGAACAUAAAACAUUAAAAUCCAGCAUAUCGCUACAUGGAACAUAGAAAAAUCUGCGCUAAAAGAUAAGUUAAUGAAUGCAUUAUAUCAUCAAUUUGUUUGUGUAAAAUAAUUAUUAAUAUAGCCCUAAUAUCUGUAACUUGUUUCUUUAAAACGACCCUCCCGGCUUUCGACUACCCGACAACUGUAAAUUUUCUCAUCCUGAAUCUUUGUCGUGAUAAGUGUUAAUUCGAUAAUCCUAAAAAGGGAUAAACAUGCCUCGGCAGCACACACAUCCACACUGCAUUUGGAAUACAACGAAAUUGUUCGUGAUUUAAGUGAGGCCAUCCUUAGAAUAUUGUUUGUUUGCUGUCCCCAGACUCACAAUUUUGAAGGUGAGUAGGUAGGUAGAGCUAUAUUGUCUAUUUUGCACUGUAUAACCCACACUAAAUUGCAUUUAAUUCAGUGGUAGAAAUACAGAUAUGAGCCAGCCAGCUCAUAAAGAAACUGUGAUGUUAAGGGAGAGUUUGACUAUAAUUUUAAACACAGAUGUGGCUUAUUGACAAGCUAACAAAAAAUACAACAAACAAACACUUUCCAAAAUCAUGAUAAAAACUUUUGCGGCAGGACCAUUUUUAGAAGGUAGGUUGGACAGCAAAUAAGAUUCAUUAAGGAUGGCCUCAGAUGUGAUUUGGCUUUUCGGACGCGUUUUCGAGCUCCGCAAACAGACUGGGAACUACAUAAUAAACGAAGAUCAACAAAAUUUCGUCUCUUCAUAUGCAGUCGAAAGCCGGGAAGGUAGCUUUUAUGAUAUAUAUAUAUAUAUGUGUGUGUGUGUGAGGCGGUCUGGGAAAACCAGAUACAAGUCGCUCAGUCAUUUACCGAGUUAUAGCUCUUUUUACUUAAUAAUUCACUAUAUGAUAUCAUGUGUUUUCUUGGAUUGGAAUUAAA